AUGAGAUUACACAAAGCGAGGAAGCGUGCUAUGAGCAGAGCCUCCGGAUCAAGCUGCAGUGCAUGCAGCACUCCAGAUGAAGAGAGCGGAGGCAGCCGUGCAAGCGACGAAAACACAAAAGCUGCUCGCUCAUCGCGAACCUACACGUUUCUUGUAGACGAUUCUCGAAAAGGAGGGGAAGUUGCCGAGGGGAAGUUAUGA